UUAAAAAAAUAUUUUUAGAGCGCGAAAAGAAUUUAUUCUCUUCGUGACUUCCUAAGAUUCUUGCAGCAUUUCUUUGGUCUAUUGAAGAAGAAAAUAAAUUGUCGUCGUUGAAGCCACUGGGUGGGGCUGAAUGAAUGGGAGAAGAAAGAAGAAAGAAAGGUACGUCGAUGGAGUUCAAAAUUAGCGGUAGUUUGUUGAAAGUUUCUCAGUGUGGCAGCAGCAAGAUUUUGUACACAGCGCACGCGGAAACUUCCAAAAGACGCGAUGAUCUUCCUCCUGAGCAACAUGGAGAUGCUGUUCUUCAGCAUGGUGGCUGCUGUGACGAUUGUGGGCUGCCUCAUUGGGGCUGUGGAGCCCCAUUUGCCCGCCUUUAUUACACAAUCCUUCCGCUAUGGGAAGCACUCCCUCAAAGAUCGUAGGAAUCAUCUGGUUGCACGUCUGGAAGUUCCCAAAUCAUCCUUUAGGCAUUUUUACGUGUUCGCCCUUGUCUGGUCCACGAUGGCUCUCUACCUUGUCUUGCGUACCACAGUGGCUGGAAAGCCAGCUCCAGAGGCACUUGUUACCUUCCUGGACUUUCUCUGUGGCAUGAGGCGGACGGAGAAGAGCACUUCACUGGAGACUCUCCUGGCCACAUUUUGCUUGUUCCUUCAGUGCUGUCGACGCUUCUGGGAAACGCAUUUUCUGCAAAUUUUCUCACGCACCAGUCGCAUCAAUAUUACCCACUACCUCGUUGGCUACAUCCACUACUUUGGUGCCUUUGUUGCCAUUUUGGGGCAUUCUCAGGGCUUUGUGACUGUCGCGGGGAAUGCUGUUAUCACACCAGAUCACCUCUCAUGGAGGAUUCUCCUUUCUGGGGCGGUUUUCCUCUACGCCUGGUGGCAUCAGUGGCGCUCAAAUGUAAUCCUGGCGCGUCUACGAAUGGAUGCAAGUGGGAAGGUUGUGACGGAGAAGCAUCUAAUGCCAACUGGAGGCUACUUCGAGGUGGUUUCCUCUCCGCACAUGAUGUUCGAGUGCCUCAUGUACAUUUCCUUAAUUCCAAUACUUCGGGGGAAUAUUGCCUGGCUCUUUGUGACUGCGUGGGUGGUGGCUAAUCAGGCACAAGUAGCUCAUCUUACCCACGCCUGGUACUUGGAAACUUUUCCCAACUACCCAAAGACACGAAGAGCUCUCAUUCCAUUUGUUUUCUAAACUCAUUUGCAGCUUAAAGAUGAACUUUUUCUCUUUUUGAGAGAAAAGAAGAAAAAAAGAGAUAAAAGUUCUAGCAUUUAAUUAAUUAGGUUUUUAAUGUAAAACAGGGCUUAUAUUAGGAAUCUCCAAUGCAGUAUUGUCAGUUUAUUUUUAAUUUUGUUCUUUUUUUAAUAAAAUUAAUAAAGUUAAUAAACAAUUUUGUACA